AUGGCGAAUUCCUACAUCAGUGCCUUUUCCAGCUCCAAGUGGGAGGACUGGCGUGAAGGCUGGGUCAUUGCCAAGGCCGAUGUCCACGACCGUCUGGAGUUGCCAACAGGAGGGCCUCAGAGCGACCGGAGCACCUGGAAGGCCAAUCCGUCGCUACCGGAGGAGCUUGGUCCGGUUCUUGAUCGGGUCAAGAAUCUCUCAAGGGGCGGCCUGACGUCCCAGAUGGUGCUUGGUGAUUUCCUGAAGAAACGGAUCACUCCCCUGCAGCAGCGGGCUAGGAUGGCCUGCAUGUAUACGGGGCUGAACGACUGCUGCAAGAUUGCGCGCGGGCCUGGCACCGACUUCACCAGGGUGGAGCUGGAGGCAGCGUUCCGGGCGAUGUCCGGUGAGGCGUUCAGCCCAGAGCCUGCACCCAACGUGUCUGCCGGCGACGCUCCAGCUGGGGGGUCUGGCCCCCAGCCAGUACCCUCUUCUCCUGCUGGGGAGUCGGCGACAACUCCCACAGGAUCUCCGCCUGCAUCAGCACCAGGGGCCGCCAGACCCAGGGGUCUGGAGCUAGAGGCCGCCACUCCUCCAAGGUCCGAUGCCGCCCCACAGCAGGAGGCCACCGGACCUCCUGUGACAACAGAGGUGCCAGCAGCUGCAACGGCGCCGGACGUCAUGGCGGAGCCCCCUCCAGGCGAGCCAGCAGCAGAGGAGCUGCCGCGAUGGCAGAGGGGGCAGCGCCAGAGGCUGCGGAGGCGCCUUCUGCUAAGUCCAGCGGAGGUCCCCCUCCCGCGCCUCUUUGCCAAGAGCCAGCAGGCUCAGGAGGAGCUGGAGGCAGGCAUCCGCCGGGAGUGGGACAGGCUGGAAGUGGAGCGCCACCAGCUCUCCGACUGGGAGGACCGCCUGGGCGACCGCAUCAAGUCCGUCACCGCCCGCUAUGCCGGGGAGCGCGCCGAGCUCAUGCAGGGGCGCAAACUCCUGCAGGAGCAGCUGCAGCAACCUCUCGACCGAGAGGCAGCUGCUGCCCAACGGGAGAGAUCGGCUGUACGGCGGGAGAAGCAGGCCACCGAGCGGGAGCUCCUGGCGGAGACGAGGGUGCAGGCAGCGGCGGAGAGGGAGCAGACCGCCCUGAAGUUGGCCAACCAGGCCAAGAAGGUGGUGGAGAUGACCGCGGCGCAGGAGGCCACUCUUGCAGAACUGGCGGCAACCGAGGUGGCCCGGCUCGAGGAGCUCCAGGAGCGUGAGGCGGCCCUCCAGAAGUGGGAGGCCAAGGUGGAGGAAUUCCUGGCGGAGCGGAGCGCCAGCAUCGGCCGGAUCAUAAGGUGGGCCGGUGAGGUGAACUCCUCCCUGAGAACUCUCGGAGCAAACUCCAUCUGGGUGGCAGAGGCUCCAUCUUCACUUGACGCUACCCUCCAGGUGCUGGACUCCACUGCUGAGCGGCUGCGGGACCUGGAGGCCACCAUGGACGACUCCCUGGAGGCAGAAGGGCGAGCAGUUGCUCGGGGGACGGCAGAGUACAUCCUUACCAGCUUCCGGAGCCAUGAUCCCACCUUCCAGCUGACCCCCGUCCUAAUCGGCCCCAUCCCGGCAACGGCGGCCGCCGCGCAGGAAGGGGUACAGGAGGCGGCGGACAUCGUGGUGUCCCAUAUCCGACUCCGCCCCGAACCUGCAGGAAGUUAG